AAUGCCAAGCAACAGAGGGAGAAGGAGUGGACUGGUGCGAAACGCGAUGCACCAAGAUGACUCCCUUAGGGAAGAAAGGAAUGACCACAUUCCCAGGGUAGGACCCAGCGAAAUUUUCGCGAUACUCUCUAGAUUUGACCCUGACGAUACAAGAUGCAUCACUUCAGACCUCUGGAUUGAGGAAGUGGAGACGGCAAGGGAGAUAUACACUUGGAGCGACAGAGCCACCAUUUUAUAUGCAUCCAUGCGGCUCUGUGGCACGGCCAAAACGUGGUACCACGCCGCCAAGUCCCGCCUCACAACGUGGGAGAUUUUUUCACGGGAAUUAAGAACUAAUUUCCCGUCACGUGUGGACAUCCCGAAAGUCCACGAGCAACUGACGAAGAGGAAAAAGUCUCCAAAGGAAACUAUCGUGGCUUAUUACCACGAUAUGGUGGCAUUGGGGGCGAAGAUUAAGCUGGAUGAUGUCUCGAUGCGACAAUAUAUUAUUGCUGGAAUUCCGUUGGCAAGUCGUCGCACAGCUUUAAGAAACCGGCAAUACAACUCACUUCCGGAACUCCUGGUGGCACUCCAGGAUACGGAAGGUGAAGAUGAUGAGGAAACUACAAAACACCAAAGAUUCUCACGCAAUCAUUUUCGCUCAAGGAGACGUGAGCCAUACUCUCAGGACAAUCACAGAACUGCCAGGGAAGGAAGCAGUAGAGAUCACACAAAGGAGAAGACAAAUGAUUCGACAUCGGAAAAUCUGCAACGAAAAUCCACGGACAGGAAGGAGCGUGUAUGCUACAGGUGCCGUGAACAUGGCCAUCUCAUCGCCAAUUGCCCAAAAAACAUCCGGAUUUUCGGGUAAGGGUGGCCGAAGAGAGCGCCGCCCUACCGAAUAAACAAAGCUUCUUCAAAAGUGUGUGAGAGGGAAACCAUUAUGAAAUAAAUAAAUCUAAUAGUAAUAAUAAUAAUAAUAAUAAAAAAUAAUAACUUCACUGUGAUGUGUCAAAAAAAAAAAAAAAAAAAAAAAAAAAGUUUGGUUUAGGUAGAAUUCUUUUACAAUCUGAUGGAAAACGUGGCAUGAACUCCGUCGCAUAUUGCUGUCGCAGCACUACAGCACUCGAGCAGAUAUAUCACAGCUGCGAGUGGGAGACUCUUGUUGUUAAGGAUAGUCUCAUCCGUUUCCAAUCACAGAUUACUUGGCAUCUUGUGCCAAGGGUUACCGUUGGUGGCUCAGCAUGGGAGUUUGAUUUCACAAUGGAACAUCGCAAGGAAUCAAAGAUGAAACACGUGGAUUGUCUUAGUCGAGUGGCACCAGCAAAAGAAGUACGGAUUGAUCAAGAAGUAAUGCAACUGAACAUUGAAGAAGAUUGGGUAACUGUGCUUCAACUCAAAGACUCAGGGAUUUCGCGAAUUAGACAAAUUCUUGAAGGUGAACUCUGUGAAAGCGAGAGCGAGUGAUAGCAGGAGAGUAGGACGAAACGACACUUGGCCGAGAGAAGUGAUAGAAGCCGGAGGUGUAUAAAGUCAGAAUGAAUUAUUAUAAAUAAGAUAGAAGUCAAUAAAUGUAUGUAGUACUUUUAAUUACCACUAGGAAGGAAAAGACGAGAGGGUCAAUAAAAGGUAUCAAAUGGUGAACGGCAGAGUUUACGUUCAUACUGCUAAUGGCCUUCGCUUUGUGGUACCGAAGCAUUGAGAUUCCAUGUGUUACUGAGUGGACACUAUGGAAUUGGACAUCCUGGGCCAAAGAGAACUCUGGAAUAUUUGCAACGUGAGUAUUGGUUUCCCGGCAUACGACAAACUGUGGAGAAAUUUGUCAGUUUCUGUGUGCCAUGCGCGGUCAAUAAACAGGGAAAGAUGAGAAGCGUUAUCAUCUUUUGUUCUAAAGAAAACUCCGAUUCCUUUCCAUACAGUACACAUUGACUUUUGUGGACCUUUUCCCAAAACAAAUGGCAAGAAAGAGUAUGUAUUUGCUGUGAUCGAUGCAUUCACGCGGUAUGUAAUUUUCACAGCAGUAUCAGGACCCUCAACAAAAAUCGCCACAAGGAUCCUCAAUGAAAUUGCUUAACAUUUUGGCACUCCCUAUGUGCUAGUGUGCAACAACGGUACAGCAUUUACAUCAAAAUACUUUCAGAAAUAUUGCACAGAAAUGGAUAUCAAACACGCAUUAGUUUCCGUUGCCACACCAAGAGCAAAUGAAGUAGUAGAGAAAAUCUUUAGAAGCGUUAAAGAUGCAUUGAAAACACUCUCAGACGACCCAGAAGGACCCGAUUGGGACAAAAGAAGUUGUCCAAAAUUCAAAGGAUGUUGAACACCACGAUCAACAGAAGCUCAGGUGAAAGUCCUCAACAACUACUUCUUGGAUAUUCCCCACGAAAUCCGCUAAGUGAUCAGCUUUUCAAUGCGUUGAUUAUCGACCUUGAGGAUGCGGCAACGAGGCAAAAGAAGCGAGACAAAGCAGUACAGAGAAUGAAUGAAGAUCAGGAGAGACAAGCAAUGAUACACAAGAAUGGACAUAUCACUCCUGUUUCAUACGAGGAAGAUGACCUUGUAUUCAUACGAUAUACCACCCCCGCAAUUGGAAGCUCGAGGAAAAUGCUUCCCAGGUUUUGCGGAUUAUACAUCAUCAGUAAAGUCUUGGAAUCUGACAGAUAUGUUGUUACGGAUACCCCAGUGACCCAAAUUACCCAGAAACUUUUCAGUGAAGUUUAUCAAGCUGAGUGCUUAAAGAAAUGGGUCACCGAAGGAGAUCUUCAGAGACUAAAUAGCUUGGUUGGGAUUGAAGAUGUAACUAUGUGAAUUUGAAUUGUCAAGUUCUUGAUCUAUGUGACGAAGGAUUAAUUCAAUACUAAUUGGCAUAAGAAAAGACAAACGGUAAGACUUAAACUUAACAGGAAAUAUGUACAUAUCUUUCAUUACUUUUAGGAUCACUCUAAGUAUACUCGGUGGCUCAGUGACUAGGUGGCCAGGCCUGGACAACAAGAACCAAUAGCGCUUAUCGAAUCGGACAAAUAGCGAUAGCCAAUAUGGAUUAAAAUACAAAGCCAAACAUUGGAUUAAAACUAGGUGAACUUAGUGGAUUGGGCCCAAUACAACUCGAAUUACUGGACUAUAAGGACCACACUUAGGAUUCAAACUGGUCAAUGGAUUUUCAAGUAGCUAAGUUGAUACUACUUGACACUAUGAUUAUUGGACACUCAUGGACCAUAUCUAGGACCUAACCGACCAAUGGAUUGUUAAGUGGCUGAGUUGAUACCGCUUAACACUAUGUGGAUGAAUCAUCUCGUUUUACGAUAACGUGAGAUUCAUUAAUUCUCGAGAUUCUUAAACCGAGCUAUGUCUUGUCACUGAGUAGGAUUAGAAACGCACAAUCUUAAAGGCCUUUUGAUGUAAAUUUGCUUUAAUUACCCUCUUCUCAAAAUUUCUUUUGCAUCAAUGAGGACAUUGAUAUUAUCAGGAUGGCCGAAUGUAGGGUUAAAGUUUGUACCCGCCAAAGGCAUAACCCCAUAUUGCCGGCAACCCCCUCUUUCGGAGACAGAACACACUAACGUGGGUCUCCUUCCCAGGGCGAGUCUCUCUAGUGGUGGAAUUACUAUGUGGGCUGCUAAGUGAUUAGGGCAAUUCUGUGUGGGUCGUGGAACGGGACAGUCGCGUUGUCUAGGAAUAGCUCGUCAGCCUUGGGGCGUAAUCCCCACUAGAUAAACGUGUGAACCUUUUCACCGCCCAAAUAUUCCCUUCUGAGAAUAAUUCCCUUACAAUAGGCUCUUUUGAAAUCCUAAUCGCCCACUUGUAAGAAUAUGUAGCUUAAGACUAACUAACUUUAAAUUAAACUAUACCUAACUUGGUUUACUGAAAGCUCAAUAUCAGAAGCUAAGCGUGUCUUAACUGAUCCUGAUUUAAAUGAUGUACUUUCAGAUUCAUAAACCUUCAGACUCCAGCAUGAUUCAACUAUCACAUAGUGUAUGUUGGUUAUAUAUUUUGUCGUCGGCAUUGGUUGUUUACAAACACGUCCCACCUGAUAGUUAUUUCAUCCCGGAGAGAACGUAGUAUAAUGGAAGCAGCCUAUAGCAUAGGUCAAUUGAGUGAUGCUGCUUCUGCUUUUGCCUUUCUCAAUAUAUAAACAUCAUAGCCAUAUGCUAUAGACAUAAAUUGCGUGUACGUGUAUCUGUUAAAUUUGUACAGAAAAUGACCUUGGCAGUGACCCAUUGGAUGUGAGUGCCUCUUUGUUUCACCCAAUUUCCUCCACAUUCAAACAACACACAGAGAGUCUCCUUGGACACCCACAAAUCAUCUCGCUUCCAUGCUAAAUAGCUGAAUUUAUAUGAGAACCAAAACUCUUACGUGCACUUUACAGGCAGCAAUAUUGCUCUCUCUGUACCGCAGCAAAGAUAUGUGAAGCAUACAGCAGUGCAAAUUAUUGAUUUGCAUUCAAUAGAGACCGAAAGGUAAUGGACCUCAAAAUGCAUAAGGUAGGUAGGGGAGAAGAGAGAGGCCUGUGUGUGCACAAGCCACCCAAUUGAGAACAACAAAUGGAUGAAUGGUGAAGUAUGAUGCGGGAGGAUGCAGAGGAGACGUGCGGUAUUUGUGGCAUGUUGGAGUGAAAAUGAAGGUGAUGCCGUUCCUGUUUUAUUCAACAAACUCACAUGGAAGAGAGAUACCUUAAAUCAGGUAUGAAAUUGCCAUUUGUGUAUUAAAUACCCAUGUGGAAUCGAUGAAUG